AUGUUUGACAUCUAUGAUGUAUGUUGCACUGACUUUAAGGAUCAAAUGGACUUCGUGCCAUACCAGGAGUUCAAUGCCACAAGUGAUCAGAGGUGUUGGGAGGAUUUUAUGUCAGGCAACUGGGCCUGGGAUGAAGUGGUAUGUACUGGGUUUGUCUCAAUCAAUAACCCAUUGGCAGCCAGAGCAACAUUGGUUCCCAUCAUCCUUGGCAGUGACAAGACCACUGUUUCCAUUGCAACUGGGCAAAUGGAUUACUACCUGCUCUAUCUUUCCAUCAGAAAUGUGCACAACACCACUCAUCAUGCACACUGCAAUGUGGUACAUGCUAAUACACAAGUGUUCCAUAAAUUCAAGAAGCAGCUCCUUCAUUUGUCACUGGCACAUGUUCUUUGGUCACUUGGUCCUGUGAUGACAGUUCUGGAAAUAGUACUAUUCAGCAAUCAGUACUACCAACAUGUCAUCUAUGCACUUGCAGCUUACAUAGCUGACUAUGAAGAGCAGGUCCUCUUGUCAUGCAUCAUGCAUAAUUGGUGUCCAAAAUGUCUCACACACCAGGAGAACCUUGACAAAGAUGCACUCUGGCAUCACUGGUAUGGAAUUGAUGGAGACAUAGUGCCAUUUACAAGCAUGUUUCUGCAUGUGAACAUCCAGAGAAUGCUUUCUCCAGACAUUCUUCAUCAACUCAUCAAGGGUGGAUUCAAAGAUCACCUGGUUGACUGGGUGGAAAGGUAUCUCAUCCAUAUUCAUGGAAAGGGCCAACACUUUAAACAAUGGACUGGUGAUGACUCCAAAGGCCUCAUGAAGGUAUAUAUUGCAGCCAUCAAAGGCUAUGCCCCAGAGGACAUCAUCUGCACAUCUCAUGCCUUUCUCAAGUUUUGCUACCUUGUCUGCCAAAAUGUUAUCACUGAACCAAUGCUGACCACAAUUGAGGACACACUCACAUGCUUCCACUUGUAUCAUGAAGUCUUCCAGAAUGCCCAACAACAUGCUAUAAAGCAUUAUCCCUAUCUUAUAUGCCAGUUCAGCACACUGAAUGGGCUCUGUUCAUCAAUUACCGAGUCCAAACAUAUCAAAGCAGUCAAGCGACCUUAUUGGCAUACUAGCCACUUUCAGGCUCUUGGACAGAUGCUUGUGAUCAACCAGAGGCUUGACAAAUUUGCUGCAGUGUGUGCAGACUUCAAAAAAUGUGGUAUGUUGAGAGGGACUUGUCUGUCACAUGUGCUUGGAACUCUAGAAUGUAUGCAUGAAAGGAAUAUGAGGGACCUAGUAACUGAACUCAACAUACCCCAGCUCCUCAAUAUCUUGUGCCAUUUUCUUCAAUUGCAGCUUCAGCAUGAUGAUCACAAUCUGGAAGAUGUCCCCUUGGAUGAAUAUCCCUUUUAUGAUGGAUCUUUCUGUGUCUACAACUCUGCAUCCUCAACAUUCUAUGCACCUAGUGAUGUGAGUGGCCUCCAUGGCAUGCAUCACAAACAUAUACAUUGUUCCCCUAUGUGGAGGAAUGAAGGCCCCCAUUAUGACUGUGUCUUUGUUGUAACUGAUCCCCAUGCAGAGGGCAUGCUUGGGCUGGAUGUUGCUUGUGUUCUGUGUUUUUUUUCUCAGAGAGAUGGCCCAGACACCAACACAGGGAUGUGGAUAGUUUGUACACACAAUGCUCAAGAUGUCACUAUCAUCCACAUCAAUACCAUCUAUCACACAGCUCAACUCAUCCCUAUAUAUGUGAGCCACCAAAUUGACCCAGCAAGCAUCAAGCCUAACAAAUCAUAUGACAAGUUUUUUUAUUAUUAUGUGAAUAGAUUUGCUGACCAUCAUGCAUUUGAAAUUGCAUCCUAG